AUGCUUCAGUGGAGAAGACGACACUGCUGCUUUGCAAAGAUGACCUGGAAUACCAAAAGGUCUCUGUUUCGCACCCAUCUCAUUGGCCUGAUCUCUCUUGUGUUUCUUUUUGCUAUGUUUCUGUUCUUUAAUCAUCACGACUGGCUGCCAGGCAGGGCUGGAUUCAAAGAAAAUCCCAUGGCUUACACUAUACGAGGAUUUAGAUCUACAAAAAGCGAUACAAACCACAGCUCUCUAAGGAACGUGUGGAAAGACGCCGUACCUCAGACGCUCAGGCCUCAAACAGUCACCAACUCCAACAACACGGAUCUGUCACCGCAAGGAGUAACUGGCUUGGAAAAUACCCUCAGUGCCAAUGGAAGUAUUUACAACGAGAAAGGUACUGGGCAUCCGACUUCCUAUCAUUUCAAAUACAUCAUCAACGAGCCUCAGAAGUGCCAGGAGAAGACCCCUUUUCUAAUACUGCUCAUAGCUGCAGAGCCAGGCCAGGUGGAAGCUAGACAAGCUAUUCGACAAACCUGGGGUAACGAAAGCCUGACACCUGGCAUCCAAAUUGUUCGUAUUUUUUUGCUGGGGUUAAGCAUCAAGACAAAUGGAUACCUCCAGCAUACCAUACUAGAGGAAAGCAGACAGUACCAUGACAUCAUUCAACAAGAAUACUUAGACACCUACUAUAAUUUAACCAUUAAAACUCUGAUGGGAAUGAACUGGGUUGCAUCUUACUGUCCACAUGUUCCAUAUGUUAUGAAAACUGACAGUGAUAUGUUUGUCAAUACUGAAUAUUUAAUACACAAGCUUCUGAAACCAGAACUUCCUCCAAGGCACAAGUAUUUUACAGGUUAUUUAAUGAGAGGUUAUGCACCUAAUAGGAACAAGGAUAGUAAGUGGUAUAUGCCACCUGAUUUGUAUCCAAGUGAACGUUAUCCUGUAUUCUGCUCUGGAACUGGUUAUGUUUUUUCUGGAGAUUUAGCAGAAAAAAUCUUUAAAGUCUCCUUAAGCAUCAGACGUUUACAUUUAGAGGAUGUAUAUGUGGGGAUCUGUCUUGCCAAGCUGCGAAUUGACCCUAUGCCUCCACCCAAUGAGUUUGUCUUCAAUCACUGGCGAGUUUCUUACUCCAGCUGUAAAUAUAGCCACCUAAUUACCUCCCAUCAGUUCCAACCUAGUGAACUGAUCAAAUACUGGAACCACUUACAACAAAAUAAGCACAAUGCCUGUGCCAAUGCAGCGAAAGAAAAAGCAGGCAGGUAUCGCCAUCGUAAACUGCACUAG